AUGCGCCCCCGGCUGGGCCGUCGCUGCGCCUCCUUCAGCGCCCGCCCGCUCCCUCCGCUACUGCGCCCUCUCCCUCGGCCGCCGCUCCCCCUGCUGCGCCCGCCCGCCCUCCCGCUCCCUCCGCUCGCCCACCGCUCCCUGCUCCCGCCCGCCUUGAGCCCUCGGCCCGCUCCCUCCGUUGCGCCCCUGCUGCGCCCGCCCGCUCCCUCCGCUACUGCGCCCGUUCCCUCCGCCGCCGCUCCCCCUGCUGCGCCCGCUCCUUGCUCCCGCCCCCACCUUGAGCCCUCGGCCCGCUCCCUCCGAUGCGCUCCCUGCUGCGCCCGCCCGCUCCCUGCGCCUUCUGCUCCCCGCGCCCGCCCGCCCGCCCGCCCACCGCUCCCUGUGCCCGCUCCCUCUCCGAUGCGCCCCCUGCUGCUCCCGCCCGGCCGCUCCCUCCGCUACUUUGCCCCCUGCUGCGCCCCCUUCCUCCGUCGCCGCGCCCCCUGUUGCGCCCGCCCGCCCGCCCACCCCCUCCCUGAGCCUUCUGCUCCCUGCUGCGCCCUCCCGCCCGCUCCCUCCGCUCGCCCACCGCUCCCUGCGCCCGCCUUGAGCCCUCGGCCCGCUCCCUCGGCUGGGCCUCCGCUGCGUCCCCUUCCUCCUCCGCUGCGCCCCCUGCUGCGCCCGCCCGCUCCCUCCACCGCUGCGCCCCCUGCUGCGCCCGCCCGCUCCCUCCGCCGCUGCGCCCCCUGCUGCGCCCGCCCGCUCCCUCCGCUACUGCGCCCCCUCCUGCGCCCCCUUCCUCCGCCGCCGCGCCCCCUGCUGCGCCCGCCCGCCCGCUCCCUCCGCUACUGCGCCUCCUGCUGCGCCCUCUUUCCCUCCGCUACUGCGCCCCUGCCGCGCCCUCUCCCCCCGCCCGCUCCCUGA